GCCACUGAGCUGCAGCCUUAUUAUUCACUAACCGCAUCAUUUCGUAUCCAACGAGAGAAAACGUCACCUGGGAUGAAAACUCAUUAAUCUGAGUGGCCAAUUAUUCAUCGCUUUUCACUCUACUCCACCUAAACCACGUCGUUUGUACACUAAUCGUCUGAAGGAGGAUCAGCAAACAUGUUCUACACCUGUGGUCCCAACGAGGCUAUGGUGGUAUCAGGUUUCUGCCGUUCUCCACCUCUCAUGAUAGCCGGAGGCCGAGUGUUCAUCAUCCCCUGCGUUCAGCAGAUACAGAGGAUUUCCCUGAACACUCUGACUCUGAAUGUGAAGAGCGAUAAAGUCUACACACGCCACGGAGUGCCCAUCUCUGUCACCGGGAUCGCCCAGAUGAAGAUCCAGGGUCAGAAUAAACAGAUGUUAGCUGCAGCCUGCCAGAUGUUCAUGGGAAAGUCAGAGGCUGAAAUUGCUCAGAUCGCCUUGGAGACGCUUGAAGGUCAUCAGCGAGCCAUCAUCGCCCAUCUGACUGUUGAGGAGAUCUACAAGGACCGUAAGAAGUUCUCAGAGCAGGUUUUUAAGGUGGCUUCCUCUGACCUGGUCAACAUGGGCAUCAGCGUGGUCAGCUACACCCUCAAAGAUGUUCAUGAUGACCAGGAUUACCUGCAUUCUCUGGGGAAAGGCCGAACAGCGCAGGUUCAGAAAGAUGCUCGCAUUGGAGAGGCCGAAAACAAGAGAGAUGCUGUGAUUAGGGAAGCUCAUGCCAUGCAGGAGAAAAUAUCGGCUCAGUACAAGAAUGAGAUUGACAUGGCGAAGGCUCAAAGGGACUAUGAGCUGAAGAAGGCAGCCUAUGACAUUGAAGUCAACACUAAGAGGGCUGAAUCAGAGAUGGCCUACCAGCUGCAGGUAGCGAAGACGAAGCAGUGUAUUGAGAGUGAGAAGAUGCAGGUGCAGGUGGUUGAGCGGGCGCAGCAGAUCAUGCUGCAGGAGCAGGAGAUCACCCGCAAGGAGAAAGAGCUGGAGGCCAAGGUGAAGAAACCUGCAGAGGCUGAGCGAUACCGGCUGGAGAAGCUGGCUGAGGCUGAGCGUCUUAAGUUGAUCAUGGAGGCAGAGGCUGAAGCUGAGUCCAUAAGAGUUAAAGGUGAGGCUGAAGCAUUUGCAGUGGAGGCCAAGGGGCGUGCUGAGGCUGAGCAGAUGGUGAAGAAGGCCGAGGCCUUCAACGAGUACAAGGAGGGCGCCAUGGUGGACAUGCUGCUGGAGAAACUGCCUUUGAUGGCAGAAGAGAUCAGCAGGCCUCUGUGUGAAGCCAAAAAAGUUACCAUGGUAUCCAGCGGAGGUGGAGAUGUGGGCGUGGCCAAACUCUCAGGAGAGGUGCUGGACAUCAUGACCCAGCUGCCUGAGGCGCUGGAGAAAAUGACUGGCGUGAACAUCUCCCAGAUGGCCUCUCAUACAGGCUGAAGAGACUCAGCCAUGUGAUGACCAGGCAGUCCUUCCUCCCAGUGUCCAAUCAGCUGUCUGGAUUCCCUGCAUGAUUCUCUCAUCACGGCGUCAUUCUGCUGUGUGGCUGGUUCAGCUGGUUUGUGAUGUUUCUCUGUUGUGAAAAUAGUCUGAUUACAGUUACGAAUGUUAUUUCAUGUUAUGACUUUGUGCUUAGCGGUACUGCGUUCGUUUAGCCUCCAUCCAUCCUUGUAUUACCUUCUGCUUAUGCAGUUCAGGGUCACAGGUAACAAGAAGCAGAGGAUAAUAUAAUCAUAUUUCAUGUAUUCUAUGAUGGUUUGAUGAGCUUUCUUACUUUUUGAGUUUUACAUGACUGAUCUUUGUCUUUGUCCCUUUCUGUGUUUAUAUGUCACACUUUUGUCUGUGUUCCUGUUUACCAUUAAUAAUUCCUUCACAACGUGUGUGUGUGUGUGUGUGUGUGUGUGUGUGUGUGUGUGUGUGUGUGUGUGUGUGUGUGUGUGUGUGUGUGUGUGUGUGUGUGUGUGUGUGUGUGUGUGUGUGUGUGUGUGUGUGUGUGUCCGCACUGCCUUGCUGCCAAACCUUAAGUGCUUCUUAGCAUGAGCAUGUGCUAAAACAUGCAACCAAAACCUUCAUUUACUAAUCCUACUAAUAUUGCAUAUUAUCAUAUAUUCACUGACAUGCAUUUUAACCCAUCAGUCUUUUCUCUACAUGUAUUUCUGAAAUAAAUUUGGUGUAUAAAGGUUCAGGGUGAAUAUUUCUGAUAUUAUCUGUAAACUUCAGCGUUAAUAUGUAUAGGGUUUUUAAAAGGUGUGGUCUUUCUUUUUCUUACUGUUUUAUAUUUUAUGAUCCUUGGUACUUAAUAAGUUAAUUAAGUUAAUUAUUCUGUAUUUCUUUAUUUGUAAACUGAUGCGCCGGUGAAUCUUCUUUUUUUCCUGUUGAGCCUCGGCUUGGAGAUAUUAGCUUUAGAUCAGCUACAGGAAACAAAAUGGGAUUCUGUUUUUCCCAACCAGGAGCUUCAACUGCCUUAAGUCUGUACCACCCUGCAGUCCACUAAUACAUGAUGUGUAUUACAAAUCUUAAGUAAAGUGGUUCCUAGUGAUAGCAGUUAUGUAGCAGCUCUCAUAAAGGUGUAGCCAGUCAGACUAAAUUUAAAUGUGUGAAAUACAGCUUUGCUUUUCAUAGUAGCAAUGAGAAUAUCCCUGUGUAUUCAUAACAUUAAGUAUUUGUUAGUAUAUAACGCUUUGGCGUAAUGUGAAGCUAAAUAUUUCAAUUGUUAAGUGAGGGCAGGGGUGUUUGCUGUUCUGUUCUUUAUUUUUUCUUUACGUUUGCUUGCUGUAGUUUGUGCUUUAUAUUCCACUGAAGGUGUAAUACUAGCUCUAAAGUAUUACGGUAGUAACUGUAAAGUAUCCUGAUUUGCCUUUUGUCACCACCCAAUCAAACUGUAUCCCUCUACCUCACCAUUACCCUCUGGGGCUAGUUAGGAAAAUAUCUUUAUGGACAUGUUUUAAUACAUCAGAAGGGAUUUAAACACUGAAGAUGGAUAUAUGGUUUUGUUUUAACUGAGCAGUUUUGUCUUCAGUUCUAAACACUGUUUGUGACUUCUCUGCACUCCUGAUUACAGCACAACCAUACGUGCUGUAAGUGUCCUGAGGGUACAUUUUAUUUCUUUCAUAUAUGAGUACUACUGUUAUUAUGCAUGCAUCAACACCUGUCACUCUUACACUGUAAAGUAAUAUUGCAAAUGCAUAUGUUUGAAGUCAGGACACAGUAGGCGUGUGCAGCUUCACUGUGGAGUUACCAAAGUAGGAGAUUACCCAGCUAUAGAAAUGGAAGUGUGCUUUCGUUACUGGAUCAGCACUAAAUAUGGAUAUAUAUGUAUGUGUAUGUGUUUAUACAAUUUAUAUUUGAUACAGUAUCAGUGUAAAGCACUGUUUGCAUCACCACUAACAGCUUGACUAAUUCAUUAUAAAUGUAUUUUAUCCAGUUUAUUAGUUUUCUGUGAUGUUUCAGACCCUGUUGUGUUGCAUUCGUGAUGUUUGACCAAAGUGGAUGUUUGCUUUUUAUUUUUCUUCCGUGUACUUUAGGAAAACGUCGUUCUACUCUUCUAUACACAAAAUCCUUGUCAUUUAAAUGCAAAAGGGGAAACGACUUAAAUCUUUACUGUUUGUGAAAAAAGAUUUAUUGUAGCUAUCAAAUGUUCCACUGCUGUCUUUCUUUACUCACCUGUUUACACAUCUGAUUUUAGCUUCUUUUUUUUCAGUUUUUAUUUUUUUUUUCCAUCUGUGAGGUCUUGAAUUGUCACUGCAUAAUAAACAAUUUUCACAUGCAUAAGGGGAUCCCAAUAAACGUUUUCAUCAUCA